AAGAAACAUUCAGUCUGUGGAUUUCACUUGGUUGGUUGGCUGGUUGUAUUAACACAGAAUUUUUAAUGCAGUCUUCCUGCAUACCUUUCACAUGUUCAGUUGGCAUAAUGAUAUAGUUCUUCUUCCAUCCACACUUUUCAUUCUUUUUCCUUCUUUAAAUUACCUUGGAGUUAAUAAAUAACAACCACUCAACCAGCUCAAUAGUAUUUGAAACUCAUAAAUAGUAAUUAUUUUAUUAAGCAUCCUCAUAGUAAAUGAAACACUUUCACAUAUGCUACUUGACCUCAUAAAAACUCUGAAUAGUUAUUAUUAUCCCCAUUUUAUAGAAGGAUUAUCUGAGUCUUAGACACUUUAUAUGAAUUGCUCAAGGAUAGAGAACAAAUGCUGGAGCCAGAAUUCAAGCCCCUGUCUGCCUAUGAUUUUCCCAUGCUGCCUCAUGAGAGGAGUUGCCCAGAAGGAACAGCAAUAAUUUUUCUUUCCUGGUUGGCUGAUUAGGAGGAAGGAGAAAGUGUAUUUUAAAUUCGCAAAAAUUUUCUCGUUGAUCCAGAAAUUAAAAUUACACCCUGGGCAUGACAUUGGGCCUAUCUAGCAUUCCAGUCUAAAGAGUUACAUUCUCCCUGAAGAAAUCACAAGUUUGCCCUGCACCCAUCUAGAUUUGGCAUUUCGAUAUAAAUUGAAAUGGCUCUUCUGGAAGGUUGAUUGUGACAGCAGCAUGUACCAUCCCAAGCCUGAUAGAGGGGGUAAGGGAGGAAGGCGGCGGGGGGCAAGUCCAUGGUUGCCGUUUCCCUGUCUGUCGUCAAUAAAAUAUAGGAUGCCCAGGAAAACUUGAAUGUCAGAUAAACAAUUUCUUUAAGUAGGAUGCAAAUAUUGCAAGGGACAUAUUGCACUUAAGAGUUAUUUGCUGUUUAUCUUACAUUCAAAUGGCAUCCUGUAAUUUGCUAAAUCUGGCAACCUUAUCUCAAGCUGGGCAGUGAUCCCAAGGUUGUUUCCUGUGUGUAUGUGUGUGUGUGCGUGUGUGUUCAAUGAUCCUAAGGACAAAGCCCAUAUGGUUCUGCUCCUGCCAUCUGUGCCCUGUACCUGCCACGAGGUAUUAGUUUCUGCACAGGUGCAGAAGCGGAAGGGGAGAUUGGAAGGGGAUUCCCAGUGUCCAGCAAAGACUGAUGAAUUCUGAGUUAGAGGUUCCCUCUGUGGUAAGGAGAGCUGACCUGACCUGACAUAAAAGCUAUAGUUGAUUUACCUGGUUUCACUUUGCUUUUCUGCUAGUCUGUUUUCACUGGUGAGUAUUCAGAUCUGACCAGGAAGUUAAAGAUAGCCUCAGAGAUGUGUAAACUCAUUCAAAGAAAGAGAAAGAGGAAGGGGCCCGAGAUGGCCUGGAUGUGUGAGGGAGAAAGGUCUGUGGGCCCCCUGAAAUAGGUGAGGAGGUUCAUAUGAGUGCUGGUGCUGCUGGCUUAGGAGAAGACUAGGGAGCAGGGCCUGUGGUACCUCCUGGGGGGAUGUCAAGGAGAGGAUGGAGCAGUUGAAAUGCUGGGGCCAGGCGCUUGCCUCUGAGGGUAAAGAACGCAGAGCUGAGAGGGGAAUGCCACUGGGCUAUCAGACCUCCCAACAAGAGGGCAGUCAUUUCAACAGCACCUUCAGGGAGAGAAAUGAUGCUGCUUACUACAGGAGUUCAGGGAAGGGAGCCUGGGGCCUGCUCUCAGCCCUGUCCUAAGUUGAUCUGGAGUCUUGAAUAAGCCGUUAUUAUCUCUGGGCCUUUGAACGUUCUCCUGUAAAACUAUGAUGGCAGAGGACAUACCAGAUAUCUGUUAUAGUCUCUUAGUUCUAAAAUUCUGUUGGUAGAUGUAUAAAUUUAAGCCUUCUCCUGGUUCCUGUUCUGUGUUCACUUGCCAAAGAGCUGGCGACCACACUUCAUCAGUAAUCCUUUUUAUAUCUGAAGAUGACUCUCCAUUUGCCCUUCAGUUUUUUCUCUCAUCCAGGCACAAUAUCAAAGUCCUUUUUCUUUCCCAAAGGGCUGUAUUCAAAGGGCUCAUCUCCAAUGAGAUCUACCCUCCUAAAAGCCUCGUGUCAAUACAAUAAUUAGUAACUUUAUGGGACCAGAAGCUACAAAUAAUAUUUCAAUCCCAAUUCACUGUUCUUUCAUUCAUUCAUUUGUUCAGCAAAUAUUUAUUGAGCUCAGGUGAGGCAUUGGGCAGAUUUGAGCUUUGGGAAGAAAACUUCAACAGAACUACAAAACAUGGCAAACUCCAGGUGACCUGAGACCUGGUUCCUUGAGUCCUUUGCCUCUCUCUUACAAGUUUCAGUGUUCAGCCACCUGUCCCUCAAAUGGCAGAGGCAAAACAAAAAUAAGUGCCAUCUAUAGUUGCAGUAAGAGGCUGAAAGUGUUGGCUAACCUGAGAUAUUUGAAGAAUCUGUGGGUUUCCGCCUCCUUAUAGCUGUAGGCUUCCAAGACCAGACACAGCUGGGAACCAGCUCCUUCGACCGAGAGUGCAAAGCAGCCCUCAGAGAUGUCCUUCUCUGACCCACUUUUUCCUUGCCCUCUGUCUGCAGUGCUGCACUUGAGAUGGCGUUACUGUCCCUCUGGCUCUGCCUGGGUUUUCACUUCUUGACACUGGAAUGGAGAAAUCGAAGUGGAAUGGCCACAGCAGCUUCUGAAGGGGGCUGCGAGUUGGCUGAUGGAGUGGCCGACUGCCGAGGGCAGAAGCUUAAAUUGGUGCCCAGCCAUCUCCCGCCGUACUCCCAGAUGCUCCUCCUGGACGCCAACCCGCUGAGGACCCUGUGGAACCAUUCCCUCCGGCACUACCCGCUCCUGGAGAGCCUCAGUCUGCGCGGCUGCCAGCUGGAGCGCAUCAGCCGCGGCUCCUUCCGCGAGCAGGCCCGUCUACGCAGCCUGGCGCUGCCCGACAACAACCUGUCCGAGAGCUACAGGGAGACAGCGGCUGCCUUCCGCAGCCUGCGGGCUCUGCGGACGCUGGACCUGUCAGGGAACUCCCUGACGGAAGACAUGGUGGCCCUCAUGCUCCGGAACCUGUCUUCGCUGGAGUCUGUGUCCCUGGCGAGGAACACCGUCAUGAGGCUCGACGACUCCUUCUUUGAGGGCCUGGGGCACCUCAGGGAGCUGGAUUUGCAGAGAAACUACAUCUUUGAGAUUGAGGGUGGCGCUUUUGAUGGCUUGACCGAGCUGAGGCACCUCAACCUGGCCUAUAACAACCUUCCUUGCAUCGUGGACUUCAGCCUCACCCAGCUGCGCCUCCUCAACGUCAGCUACAACGUCCUGGAAUGGUUCCUGGCUUCCGGGGCCGAGGCUGCCUUUGAGCUGGAGACGCUGGACCUCUCUCACAACCAGCUGCUGUUUUUCCCGCUCCUGCCCCAGUGCGGCAAGCUGCACACGCUCCUGCUGCGGGACAACAACAUGGGCUUCUACAGGGACCUGUACAACGCCUCUUCGUCGCGGGAGAUGGUGGCGCAGUUCCUCCUCGUGGACGGCAAUGUGACCAACAUUACUACCGUCAACCUCUGGGAGGAGUUUGCUUCCAGCGACCUCCCCGAGCUGCGCUUCCUGGAUAUGAGCCAGAACCAGUUCCAGUACCUGCCGGAUGGCUUCCUGAAGAAAAUGCCUUCCCUUGCGCACCUGAACCUCAACCAGAAUUGCUUGGUGACGCUUCAUAUCCGAGAGCACGAGCCCCCCGGGGCGCUCAAAGAGCUGGACCUGAGCCAGAACCAGCUGUCGGAGCUGCACUUGGCCCCAGGCCUCCACGGCUGCCUGAGGAGCCUCCGGUCGUUCAACCUGAGCUCCAACCAGCUCGUGGGCAUCCCCACUGGCCUUCUUGCUGAUGCCAGUAACAUCACUACAAUUGACAUGAGCCACAAUCAGAUCUCCCUUUGCCCCCUGCGGGCGGACCUGCACCGCCUGGGCCCCCCAAGCUGUGUGGAUUUCCGGAACGUGGCCUCGUUGAGGAGCCUCUCUCUGGAGGACUGCGGGCUGGGGGCCUUACAAGACUGUUCAUUCCAGGGGACCGCGCUCACCCACUUAGACCUGUCCGGCAACUGGGGGGUUCUGAACGGGACUGUCACCCCUCUCCGGGAUAUUGCCCCCACGUUACAGGUCCUGUCUCUCAGGAACGUGGGCCUCCGUUCCAGCUCCACGGAGUUGGACUUCUCUGGGUUUGGGAAUCUGAGAAACUUGGAUCUGUCAGGGAAUUCUUUGACCAGUUUCCCACGGUUCAGGGGCAGCCCAGCCCUGCAGACCCUGGAUCUGCGCAGAAACUCUCUCACAACCCUUCCCUGGAGGGCUGUGUCUGAGCAGCUCACCCGAAGUCUACGCACCAUCUACCUCAGUCAGAAUCCUUAUGACUGCUGUGGGGUGGAGGGCUGGGGGUCCCUGCAGCACCUGCACACCAUUGCCGACCUGGCCAUGGUCACUUGCAACCUUUCCUCCAAGGUCAUUCGCCUAAUGGAACUGCCCGGAGGCAAGCCUCAGGACUGCAAAUGGGAGCAGGUGGACAUGGGCCUGCUGUACCUGGUGCUCAUUCUUCCCAGUUGCCUCACCCUGCUGGUGGCCUGCACCGUCAUCUUCCUCACCUUCAGGAAGCCUCUGCUUCAGGUCAUCAAGAGCCGCUGUUACUGGUCUUCCAUAUACUGACCCGGCUCCACGCCGAGGUGAGAAACUGGGCCCCUGUGCCAAAGGACACAGGUUCUCCGCCCGACCUUGGGGCCUGAUGCAGAGGAUGGAGCUGGCAAAUUGAGGUUUAAGUUAAAAGUUUAAAAUGUUGCCUUCCUAGUUGUCCCCAAGCUCUUCCUCUAUCAUUGUGAUUCAGGCUCAUCAUUCUGCUAAAGUAUUUAUUAAGUGAUGUUCUGUGACAAUAAAACACGUGUCUCUUAAAUAUUUUUAAAAUCAAA